AUGUCGUGCGACUGUAAAAAGGACGGAAAAACGCCACAAAGUCCAAAAGCAAUACUAAAAGCACAAGCAACUAAAAACUACUAUAGUUAUUAUGAUACGCCGGAUGGAUGUGAUAUUCCUAAAAAGAUCCUAGCAGCGUCCCGUUUGGGUGCAAUAAUCGGUGUACUAAUUGCUACAAAAGACAUUCUGCUCUACUCUCAUGCGGUGACCGUUGGGCCCAUUAUAAAACGAUAUAUCUACCACACUGGCCCGCUGAUGGCAAUGGGCGCGACGUUCGCUGCUGUGUCUAACGGCAUGCUUCAGUAUAGGCAAGAGGAUGACCACUUAAACUACUUUGCAGGUGGUUUCGCUUGCGGGCCCAUACUCGCAGCCUACUUAAGGAACUACCACGCGAUUCUUCUAGGCGGGCUUAUUCUCGGGACCUUGGGGGCCAUAAAGAAGGAAGCCUUAAUUCAGAAAGUACCCCUGUUCCCUAGCCCUCCAGGGCAUAUGCGCACGGUUGGUGAUUGGAGGAACAAUUACAAUAUCCUGUAUAAGGAUCCUUUGGAAGGUAAAUCAGAGAUGUCAAAACACUCUCAAAGACAUCGUAGAAGUGGAUGCUUCUGGGUUCGAAGGCCCGAAAAACAAAGGAAACCUUUUCUAUGUUCAACGCGAGUAAACUAA